UAUUUAAUUACUUUUAUUUUUUCCUUAUUCGGGACAUCUGUGUAUUUGUUUGCCCUUGUCAAAUAAUGCUCAUCUCUGUAUCUGUUAAUGAAUCUGCGACACUCGGGUGGAGAGUUCACAAAUGUCCGCUCGCGCGCUUGUCUGCACCGGUAUUUCGAAACAAACGCAAAUCUUAUUUUGUAAUAAGAUAAAACUUUCACGGGAGUCCUGCGAUAUUUUUGUGGCGUUUUGUUAGUGUGUGAGUAAUUACCGCAUGUCAAUUUAUCCGUGAGGUUGUUGUCCUUCCAUCUGUUACAUUUUAUGGCAGUUAAACGGCUUAUUUUCGAGCCGUAAUCUGAUGACAUCUGUGCUGUUUCAGCCAACGUGGAAAAGGCAAAAACGUCAGUUAAGGAGAGUAAUUUAUAUUAAUCUGAUUCUGUCUGUCUGUCUUAAAAACACAAGGUCUGAGUUUCAGUGAAUUACCGACUUUGUGACUAUAGUAAUCUCAUUUAAAUAUUUACUCUCACCAUCUAUGUAUUUGUGCUGUGUUCAAUCAGUAUGUGUGUGUGUGUGUGUGUGUGUGUGUGUGAGAGAGAAGGAUGAGUGAAAUAGAGUCAACAAUCUGAACAAACAGAGCGUACAGCUGUCGGUGGACAGAUAACGCACACAUGCAGAGGAGAAAAAAGAACUGAUGAUAAUGAUAGCACCGAGAAUUCUAAAUCCGGACCAGAAAGAAAGCUAUGGAUUCCCCUUCAGAUCGUUUCCACCAGCAGCCAUCUCAGAUGUGUCCCUUCGAAUUGUAUCGCAACCUGCCAGAUUCCAACUCCACAAGCCACCGAUUUUCACCUGGCAGUCUCGCCUCCCAUCCCCUUUUCGGCCCUCUCAUGCACCCCAGUAGUGCUUCCCAGAGGUGGGGUAGUUUCCAUCAACGUCAGGGUUUGUUUCCUGAGCUGUUAGUAGAUGACGAUGUAAGUGAGGAGGAUGUGUUUGGGAGGAGGGAGUUUUCGGUUGGAGCUACCCCAUCUUCACAGUGCUGUGCUGGAGACAAGGGACAAGAUUCUGCUCAUGAGCCUGAAGACUGGAACCAAAAUUUUGCAAGAGUGAAAAGACUGAGGAUAAACUCAGCCCUUAGAAAUGAAGAGGAGGUGGGUAGGGAGGGUAAAAAAGGGAGAAAAAAUGGAGCUUCAGUUAAAAUAGAUGAGAGAAAACGAGCAGAACAAGGAAACCGGAGGCAAAGCAGGGAGGGCAGGAAGCGACAACGGCAAGAACUGAAGCUUCAGCUGGAGGAGACCAGAGGGAAACUUCUGGAACUUCAGCGGAAAGUAUGGAGAGUUUAUGGAGGGCAGGCAAAUGAAGAGAAAGAAGGGGAGGAAGAACAAGAGGAUGAAGCGUUAAAUCUUGAUGAGGUGGCAGACAUGUUUUCUAACGAUAAUGAGCCUCUCAUCAGCGCUGGAUUUUCUCCCCCACGCUGUUCGUCAAAGAAAAACAAUGAAAACAUUCAGAAUGGGAAUCCUGGAAUAAUCCCAGGAGAGACCUCCAUGGACCUGGACCUGGAGUUAAAUGGUGAUCAAGUGUGGCUGGGCUGCAGUCUGGUUAGGGGUGAGUGGGAGAGCACAGAAGGCGGGCAGAAGUUUGCUCAAGCUCUAAAACAGGAACUAGCGAGUGUUGUGGCUCAGGUUAUUGAUAGGGUUGUUCGGCUCUAUGCAGAAACUGACCCCUCCUCAGUCACAUCUGCCACUGUUCCCCAGGAAACCGGUGUGGCAAUGGAUCUCAAUUCAAAGAGGAGGCAGAGAUCCGACACAGUCGCUCGUGUGGUAGAGCAGGUGGAAGCUUUACCACUUAUCACAAAGAGUCCUCAAGACAAGAGGGCCCCUAUAGCUCAGAGCGGACAGAAGGACCUCCUCCUACCUCAAUCAAAUCCCAGCCUCGCACCCUUACCCCAGCCCCUUCUCCCUGCACUUUUCCCACCUCGGAGCAAAGACCACUUUCUGCCCUCCUAUCCCCCAGAUAACCCAGUGCCCCUGCCCCUACUCCACUACACCAUGCAGAAUCUUUUUGCACGCUCUCUCUCCAGUUUACCACUUAAUAAAGACUGCCUGUCCGAACCGUUCAUGGACUUUCGUUCUCACAACGCUGUGUUCCCUCCCCUUUCCCUGCUGGGUCAGCUAGACCCAUCUCUGCCGGAUAGGGCGAGGGAUGGAGGGAUGAGGGGAGGUGGAGCAGGGAUGGUGGAUGGAGCAGAUGCAGCACUCUAUCUUGCUGCUGGGUCAUCUCAGGAAGGCCUGUCUCCGUGCCAUUUGAAAAAAGCCAAACUCAUGUUCUUUUACUCACGCUACCCAAGCUCCAGCACUCUGAAAACAUUUUUUCCUGAUGUGAAGUUCAAUCGUUGUGUCACUUCCCAGCUAAUUAAGUGGUUCAGUAACUUCCGGGAGUUCUUCUACAUCCAGAUGGAGCGCUUUGCCCGGCAGGCAGCCAGAGAGGGGCUUGCAUCUGCCAGGGAAAGAGCACUGCGCCUGGGCAGGGACUCUGAGCUUUACCGCAUUCUUAACAUGCACUACAAUAAGAGCAAUGAUUACCAGGUUCCAGAAAGGUUUGUGGAGGUAUCCGAGGUAGCCCUGAGGGAGUUUUUCUCUGCCAUUCAGAGUGGUCGAGAUGCGGAUCCUUGCUGGAAGAAAGCCAUUUAUAAGAUAAUCAGUAAACUAGACAGCCCAGUGCCUGACAGCUUCCGCCUGCCUGGUUGUCCCACAGACACUUAUCGAAUGGGAUAAACAGAGCACAAAAGCAACCCCUUACAAACAGCAUAAAGUGUGCACGGAUUGAUACGUGUGCACAGUUAAGUGAGAACAGUGAGCUACUGCAAUUAGUGGAUGAAUAAGUCCAUGAAUAAAAAUGUCCAGAAUUGAGCUCUGAAGAUCGAGGAACCUGUAUAUGUGUUUUAUUAUUGAUGCUCAGAGCUAUUACUUGUUUAACCAUUAUACUACAUUCUAGUCUAGCAUCAUUCCAGUUAGUGUUGAGAAAUGCUCUAAAAUAUGGAAAUAAGUUCUCAUUUUACUUGCUGUUACAUUAUUGAUCAUCAAUUUAUCGAAAAUAGCAAGCCUGGUUGGCUUUUGUUGAUCUUUUUGUAUUACUUGUUAUUCAUUAUAUAAUGUUGCUCUGUAGAACUUUGAUGACUGUGUGUGUAUUAAAUGUUUGCUGUAAGUCCAAACAUACUAAACUAAUGCGUUUUUUAAAUUACACUAUACAAUGUUUUUUAUGGGCAGUGCACAAUAAAAAAAACAGGCGUAAACAACAGCACACAAGCCACAUUACUCCUAAACUGAAAUCAGUGACACCCAAAAGUUAGCACAACCAGCACUAGUGUGCAUUAAAUUGAAAUAAACACUGUUGUCAGUCAAUAUAAAAUGCUUAAGUAUUUUGUUUGUUUUAUAUCCUUCUGAUGUAUUAUUUGACU